GUGCUGCUCGCCAUCCUCUCCCUCCGCAGUGAAGAUGAGGAAUCUCCUGCUCGCCCUGCUGCUGGCUUGCGGGCUGCCUCCGGCGCGUGGCAGCAUGUUGGAGCUGGAGCGCAUGAUCAGAGUGACCACAGGGAAGAGUGCCUUGCUGUCCUACAGCUGGUAUGGGUGCUUCUGCGGCAUCGGGGGCAGAGGGACCCCGGUGGACCCCACUGACACCUGCUGCCAUGCCCAUGACUGCUGCUACAGGCGGCUGCGAGGGGGCAGCUGCAGCCCCCUGAUAACCCCCUACCACUUCGAUGUAAUCGAUGGGAACAUCACCUGCGGUGAUGAGCAGAGCUGGUGCAAGAGAGAGACCUGCCUGUGUGACAGGGCCGUGGCUUCGUGCUUUGCCAGCGCUCUGCCUUCCUACAACGUGUCCUACCGCUUCUACUUCAAGCUGAGGUGCAGAGGCAGCAAGCUCCAGUGCUGAAAUCCACACACGUCGGCCAGUUUGGAGUGCCUUUCCUCAUUGCUAUGGGAAGGACGGGGUUAUGUGGGUGCUGAGAGGGGCUGCAGCCCUCCUCCCGGUGAGGUGACGCGCAGGGGGAGCAGGGCACACGCUAUGGCUGGAGAUCCCCGGCUCCCCAAAAGCGAGUCCUUGUCCCUUCCUCCUCUCUUUUCUCAACUGAUUUCAUUUUCCAGCAAAAGAAAAGGAAUUGAAUAAAAGGUGUGAAAAAAUGC